AUGGCCAAAAACACAUCUCUUUAUUUCAGAAUUGUCGAGGGCAGGAACCUCCCCGCCAAAGACGUCUCCGGAACCAGUGAUCCAUACUGCAUCGUAAAAGUUGACAAUGAAGUUGUGGCCAGGACUGCCACAGUGUGGAAGAACCUGAAUCCGUUCUGGGGUGAAGAGUACACGCUGCACCUCCCGAUGGGGUUCCAUUCGCUCUCCUUUCAUGUCAUGGACGAGGACACGAUUGGCCACGACGAUGUUAUUGGAAAGAUAACUCUGAGCAAGGAUGCCAUUGGAUCUCAAGCUAAAGGACUGGAUAGCUGGGUGAACCUGACGAGGGUCGACCCUGAUGAAGAAGUCCAGGGGGAGAUCCACCUGAGUCUGGAGCUGCUGAAAGACACAGAGAAGAUCAGCCUGCGGUGUCAAGUCAUUGAAGCCAGAGACUUGGCUCCAAGAGACAUUUCUGGAACCUCUGACCCAUUCGCAAGAGUUAUUUUCAACAACCACAGUGCAGAGACGUCGAUUAUUAAGAAGACCCGUUUCCCUCACUGGGGAGAGACCCUGGAGCUGGAGCUGGAUCCAGAGGAGCUGAGCGAGGAGGGAACUGUCACUGUGGAGGUCUGGGACUGGGACAUGGUGGGCAAAAAUGACUUUCUAGGAAAGGUGGAAAUCCGUUUUGCUUGUUUGCACAAGACACCUCUGUUACAGGGCUGGUUUCGUUUGCUGCCCUUGGGAAACAAUGAGGUCGACGCUGGUGGAAAGCUGGGAGCGCUGCGUCUGAAGGUGCGUUUGGUGGAGGAUCGGAUCUUGCCGUCUGUGUACUAUCAGCCCCUCAUUCACCUCCUGGUGGAGUCAGUCAUCUCCCCUAUGGAGGUGGAGGACAGCAGUGCUCUCACCAUGCUGGAGGAGGUGACCACGGUCGAGAGCCGGCAGGAUGUGGCUAUGACCCUGGUGAAGAUCUACCUGGGGCAGGGCCUGGUGGUGCCAUUCCUGGAUUACCUCAACACCCGGGAGGUCAACCACACCACUGAUCCGAACACUUUAUUUCGCUCCAACUCGCUUUCCUCCAAGGCCAUGGAACAGUUCAUGAAGGCUGUUGGCAUGCUGUAUUUGCACGAGGUGCUGAAGCCCAUCAUCAACCGCAUCUUUGACGAGAAGAAGUACAUCGAGCUGGACCCAUGUAAGAUCGACCUGAACCGCACAAGGCGAAUUUCAUUUAAGGGUGCGGUGUCAGAGGCAGAAGUGCGGGACAGCAGUGUGGAGAUGCUGCACAGCUACUUAACCAGCAUCAUCGAAUCAAUCGUGGGCUCGGUCGAUCAGUGUCCUCCUGUCAUGAGAGUGGCCUUCAAACAGCUACACAAGAGAGUCGAGGAGCAAUUUGCCGAACCUGAGAAUGAGGAUGUGAAGUACCUGGCCAUCAGUGGUUUCUUUUUCCUGCGUUUCUUCGCACCUGCGAUCCUCACACCUAAGCUGUUCCAGCUGAGGGAUCAGCACGCUGACACGCGCACAAGCAGAACGCUGCUACUACUGGCCAAGGCGCUGCAAAGCGUCGGGAACCUGGGCCUUCAGCUGGGUCACGGAAAGGAGCAGUGGAUGGCGCCUCUUCAUCCCAUCAUCCUCCGCAGCGUGGCCUCUGUCAAAGACUUCCUGGACAAGCUGAUCGACAUCGAUCACGACAUUGCGUCGGAGGUGCCGCAGAGGGCUGUGUUCAUGCCCUCGGUCACUGUUAAAGAGGGGUACCUCCACAAGCACAAGGAAGAGGGACCCCAGCUGUUAUCCCGCUUUGCCUUCAAGAAACGCUACUUCUGGUUGACCAGUGAGACGCUGUCCUACGCCAAGACCCCUGAUUGGCAGGUGCGCUCCUCGAUCCCUAUUCAGUGUGUGUGCGCCGUGGAGAGGGUGGAUGAAAAUGCCUUUCAGCAGCAGAAUGUAAUGCAGGUCAUCACCCAGGACAACGACGGGCAGCUGCACAUCAUCUACAUCCAGUGCAAGAAUGUGAACGAGCUGAAUCAGUGGCUGUCGGCCAUCAGGAAAGUCAGCAUCUACAAUGAGCGCAUGCUGCCCUCUUUCCACCCGGGGGCUCAUCGCAGUGGCAAGUGGACCUGCUGCCUGCAGGCGGACCGUGCUGUUACAGGCUGCAGUAGAACCCACUCAGCCGUGACUCUGGGCGACUGGAGUGAUCCACUGGAUCCUGAUGUAGAGACGCAGACCAUAUACAAGCAGCUCCUCCAGGGAAGAGACAAACUCAGGAAAAAACACCUGGAGAAGCCUGACGCCGAUCAGACGUCCAGCAAUAAGGAAAAGAACAUCAACUCUGACAUCCACUCAGAUGGUGCCGAGUGCAACGUCCGGCUCGUGAAGCCGGGUCAGAGCGUCGCUGCUCGGCUGUUGGCGGUGGUAGAGGAUCUGGAGCAGGCUCACGCCACGUUCCAGCGCAGAGAAAAGGAGGACGGCGCCAGUGUCAUUCUGAAUCCCUAG